ACGCGAAACCGGGCUGCUUGGCCGGCCGAAGGGCGCACCUUACCCCUUCCGGGUCCCACCAGCUCCUGCGCGCGUCCGCCCGUGUCGCGCAGCGCCGAGCGGGACAUGGCCUCUCGGGUGACCGCCCAGCUCCUGCCGCUGGCCCUGCUGCUUCAGGCCGCCGCAGCCGUCGGGCCCAGCCGGUUCCGCGUGUCGCCCCAGAAGGUGGACGGCAAGCUCGGCCAUCGGGUGGAGCUGCGGUGCGAGGUGCUGCUAACCAGCGCGACGCCGGGCUGCACCUGGCUCUUCCAGAAGAACGAACCUGCCGCCCGCCCCGUCUUCCUCGCGUACAUCUCCCCAAACCGGUUCAGGUUGGCCGACGGGCUGGACUCCACACGGAUCUCGGGCAAACGGGUUCAGGACACCCUCUACAGCCUCACCCUGAACAGUUUCCGCAAGGAGGAUGAAGGCUACUAUUUCUGCUCAGUCUUGAGCAACUCCGUUCUGUACUUCAGCGCCUUCAUACCGGUCUUCCUGCCAGGCUCUGUUUCUCCCGCAGUCAAGCCCACCACUACGCCCGCGCCGCGACCACCCACGCCGGCGCCCACCAACGCGUCGCAGGUGUCUCUGAGCCCGGGGACGUGCCAGCCUGCGGCGGGCAGCACAGUGGAAACAAGUGGGCUGGACUUCGCCUGUGACAUCUACAUCUGGGCACCUCUGGCUGGGACCUGCGCCUUCCUUCUCCUGUCACUGGUCAUCACCGUCAUCUGCAACCACAGGAACCGAAGACGUGUUUGCAAAUGUCCCAGGCCCGUGGUCAGACCAGCAGGCAAGCCUAGCCCUUCAGAGAGAUAUGUCUAACAUGGAGAUGGGCCCCGUGCGACAGCCGCUACAAGACCAAAUAAAACUCUCUUUAUGAGGACAGUAACAGUCCUUCCCUUUCA